GAGAAGAUCCUAGAACUCACGAACAAGAUGAUUGAGCUGCUGACUGGAGAGGUUCCUAUAAGGUGUCAGGAUGUCACCGUCUAUUUCUCCAUGGAAGAGUGGGAGUAUUUAGAAGUACACAAAGAUCAGUACAAGGAUGUCAUGAUGGAUGAUCACCGGCCCCGCACAUUACCAGUUAAGGAAGAGAGAAGAACACCGGAGAGAUGUCCCAGUCCUCUUCUUCUACAGGAUGGUUCAGAAGAACAUCACAAUGUCCCACAGGAAGAUCAGUUUGUGAAUCCGGGUGAAGAUCUGAACUACAUUAAUCCUACAGAGACAUACGUGAAGGGUGAUGAGCAGAGUAUAGAGGACAUUCCUACAGAUAACCGCCCAGAUGACUGUACCAGGAACUUAGAGAAACAUCUGAUAUCUUCGGAUUUUGAAGUAGAUAAUUGUGGUAUCACACGAGAUACAUUUGAAGAGCAUGCCAAUAUCAAAGAUAUAUCUUCAUCCAAUCACAGCAACAAUGCAUCAUUUGAUUCUUUUAAACAGGUCCGAUCUUUUGAUUCAUCACAGGCUGUAACACAAAAUACAAGUCACAGAAGAGGUGCUAAACAUCCAACAGCACACGUAAAUGAGAAGCCAUUUUCAUGUUCAGAAUGUGGUAAAAGUUUCGACCAUAAAGUAUCUCUUGUUAUACAUGAGAGAACUCAUACAGGGGAGAAGCCAUAUUUAUGUUCAGAAUGUGGGAAAUGUUUUACCAAUAAUUCAGCUCUUGUUAAACAUCACAGAAUUCACAGAGGAGAAAAGCCAUUUUCAUGCUCAGAAUGUAGUAAGCGUUUUACUCAGAAAUCAUAUCUUGUUGUACAUCAGAGAGUUCACACCGGGGAGAAGCCGUUUUCAUGUUCAGAAUGUAGGAAAUGUUUUAACCAGAAAUCAGCUCUUGUUAGACAUCAAAAAACUCACAGAGAAGAGAGACCAUUUUCAUGUUCAGAAUGUGGAAAAUGUUUUAAGCAGAAAUCAAUUCUUAAUAAACAUCAAGAAACUCACAGAGAAGAGAGGCCAUUUUCAUGUUCAGAAUGUGGAAAAUGUUUUAAGCAGAAAUCAAUUCUUGAUAAACAUCAAAAAACUCACAGAGAAGAGAGGCCAUUUUCAUGUUCAGAAUGUCGAAAAUGUUUUAAGCAGAAAUCGGCUCUUGUUGUACAUCAGAGAAAUCACUUCGGGGAGAAGCCAUUUUCAUGUUCAGAAUGUGGGAAAUGUUUUAACGAUAAUUCACAUCUUGUUGUACAUCAGAGAUAUCACACAGGAGAGAAGCCAUUUUCAUGUUCAGAAUGUGGGAAAUGUUUUAACAAUAAUUCACAUCUUGUUUUACAUCAGAGAAAUCACACAGGAGAGAAGCCAUUUUCAUGUUCAGAAUGUGGGAAAUGUUUUAAGCAGAAAUCGGCUCUUGUUGUACAUCAGAGAACUCACACAGGAGAGAAGCCAUUUUCAUGCUCAGAAUGUGGGAAAUGUUUUAAGUAUAAACAAGCUCUUGUUACGCAUCUGAGAAUUCACACAGGAGAGAAGCCAUAUCCAUGUUCAGACUGCAGUGAAUGUUUUAAGCAGCAAUCAGCUCUUGUUUUCCAUCAGAGAGUUCACACAGGGGAGAAGCCAUUUUCAUGCUCAGAAUGUGGAAAAUGUUUUAAGCAGAAAUCAGCUCUUGUUACACAUCAAAAAACUCACAGAGAAGAGAGACCAUUUUCAUGUUCAGAAUGUGGAAAAUGUUUUAAGCACAAAUCAAUUCUUGAUAAACAUCAAGAAACUCACAGAGAAGAGAGGCCAUUUUCAUGUUCAGAAUGCGGAAAAUGUUUUAAGCACAAAUCAAAUCUCUUUUCACAUAAAAAAACUCACAGAGAAGAGAGGCCAUUUUGAUGUUCAGAAUGUGGAAAAUGUUUUAAGCAGAAAUCAGCUCUUGUUACACAUCAAAAAACUCUGAGAG